CUCUCUUGUGAUUUCCGCCGAUCAUGACGGCCACGCUUGCGCCGUUGACACAAAGCUUGAUUUGGGCAAGCGCCACUCACUUUCCACCCACUGCAUGGUUUCUCCACUCUCAUCAGAGGAGCCGCUCAUUAAACGAUGCGUUCUCGCUCGAUUCCAACUGUUGCUUCAUGAUGUUUUCUCUCUAGUGGCGCAUCGAUCCGUUUCUAUGGACAUAUUCUCGCGGGCUACCACACAGCAUGAAUGACCCCGGGCUUGACGAUGCUGUCGCGGCAGAAGCCAACGCCCUCGAUCAUACUUCAUCCCACAAUGAAAAGGAUGAUACUCGUGAGAUAGACGCUCAUCAUCCCCAUGCAGCGCGAUGGUGGCUUGCAAGUACAGCAUAUCCAUUGGCCGCAGGCACGUUCGGACCAAUGUCCAGCGCUUUUAGUAUCUGCUCUCUAUCGCAACCAUGGCGCAUGGAAAUACUCCCCGGAGGCGGAGAGCGAGAUAUCACUGAUCCAAAAUGGGUCACUGCGCUGAACGCAGUUUCUUUGGUCUUUGCACUCAUUGCAAACUUGGCUCUCUCGUUGAAUAUGGCAAGGCGCAUCCGGUUCGAGGUCGCCCAACCGAUUAUCAUUGUCGGAUGGUACAUAUCAUCAUUCUUGCUGCUCGGUAUUCUGAUCGGCUUGGGUGUACUCAUGUACGAGCCGCAAAAUGCCGGGCACGUGUACACGCAAGCAUACUUCUAUGGGACUUUUGCUGCAGGGCUUUACUUCAUCAUCGCAUCCUUGCUGGUUGUCACCGCAUGGGGUGCUCACAAGGGCCAUUACAGCCGCGAGUAUAAACUGACCACGAGUCAACGGACGUUGAUGCUGCAGACUAUCAUCCUGUUCAUCUACCUUUUAGGGGGUUCAGCAGUUUACGCCAGAAUUGAAGGCUGGAAAUUCAUGGAUGCAGUGUAUUGGGCUGAUUACACUCUACUGACCAUUGGUGUUGGCAACUUCGCUCCAGUCACGCAUCUUGGCCGCGGGCUCCUCUUUCCCUACGCAGUUGGGGGUAUCGUGAUUCUCGGUCUUAUUAUCUCUUCUAUUCGGACGCUCAUGCUGGAGCACGGACGACAGAAGAUUGCCGACCUUCUCACUGCACACACUCACAAGUUCCUAGUGAAGGAGGCCUUCUCGGAACGGAACAACCGCCUGGUGCCGAAUCUGCGGGUUGAUGAAAACGAGGGAAAUGAGCUUAGCGAUCGCGAGAGACAGAAGCGAGAAUUCAUCACAAUGCGACGUGUCCGCCAGCUGGCAACGGUUCAACACAAGUGGAUUUCACUAAUCACGUCCCUGGUUGUCUGGAUGGCUCUGUGGCUCAUUGGUGCAGCUAUCUUCUGGCGUUCCGAGCUUCAUAUUCAAUGGACUUACUUUGAGGCUCUCUACUUUGCCUACACCACGCUUCUCACCAUCGGUUUUGGUGACCUCUACCCGGUCAGCAGUCUAGGCAAAGCGUUUUUCGUCUUCUGGUCACUUCUUGCCGUUCCAACAAUCACUAUCCUCAUCUCUAACAUCAGCGAUACUCUUAUCCGCUUCGUCAAGGACAUUACGCUUUUCAUUGGUGAAGUCACCAUUUUGCCUGGCGAUGAACCCUUACACGACCGUAUCAAGGAUAUAUUCCACAUCUCCUGGAGAGAUAAAUGCCUCCAAGAAUCCACCGGCGAGGAGAAUGACUCUCAGGAUAUUCUUACUGAUAUGAGAAACGGCACUGAUCGGAAUGAUUUCAAUGCCCGCCGCCAUGCAGUCGAAGCCGAGGAACACAAAAAGGAAGAAUCCGCCCGACGCCGCGGCGACAUUGCGACCGAAAAUGUACACCAUUACCACUACCUGCUUUUCCGAGAAAUUCGCAAAAUGAUGGAACUCACUACCAAAAACCUGUCAAAGGAAUUCGACUAUCUCGAGUGGGAAUACUAUCUUGCACUGAUAUCCGGGCAACACAAACCACCGUAUGAGUCCAACACUGAGAAGGCUAAGGAGGAUGUGAAACGACAAGAGAAGUUUCGGGAUUGGAGUUGGAUUGAUAAGAAGAAUCCGUUGUUGGGGGAGAAGAGUGAGGUCGAGUGGUUGUUGAAUGCUUUGACUGAGGCUUUGGAGAGGGAGUUGAAGAUGGCGAGUCGUGAUUAUCAUUCGCCAGAUGUCAGUGAUGAGGUUGAUAGUAGUGCUGUCGUUUCUGGGGAUGGGGUUGAUGAGGGUCUUGAGUCGGGUAAUGCAAGGGAGGAGUGAAGCCUCUCCGAUGUCGGGCGGUUCCAUGCAAGCUGCAUACCUUGACGUCUGUACCUAUUAUUCAAAAUCACAUGAAAGCUUUCAAGCAUUAUCAAA